UUCAGCAUCCUUCCGUGCCCAGAAGAAGAAGAGGGGGCUCCGUUUCUGUGGUGAACACCUCAGAAGACAAGUUUCGGACACAAGGGACGCCUCGUUUACCGUCCGUACUCAUCGCUCGUGUGAAGUUUCCCGGCGAGCCGCGUCUGCGAGCCUUCAUGCUCUGGUUCGGCGGGAAGGCUUGAGAGUGUCGGCGGGGCUGCUGCGCCAGGUGACGGGCCACGGAGUGCGGAAAAUGCCAGCUCUUUCAUGGAGGGUUUGGCCUGCACUGCUGCUGCUUCUCCUGCCCUCAGCCGUGGCUGCAGAAGAAGAGGCCUCGCUCCUGGAAGGCUGGCGAGAUGUCUGGUUCUUCCGCUUCCUGGUCAACAUGCUGGGCUACUCCACCAUCAUCAUCCCUGGCUACUUCCUCAUUAGCUACUUCAAGCGCAUCAACUACUUGGACACAGGUUCGGGGAUCUGCUUCCCACUGAUCAAGACGUGCGUGUUCGGAAGCGAUGCCAAGUCGGGCCUGUUGGACGAGGUGCCUGUCGCAGCCCGAAACGAAGACUCGGGCUCAACACUCCGACAGGCUGUCAAGCUGGUCUUCUGUGCUUUUGGACUCCAGGUCUCGUACUUGACGUGGGGCGUCCUGCAGGAGCGAGUGAUGACCCGUUCAUACGGCGCCGCGACACCAGACGGAGAAGGAGAGAAGUUCAAGGACUCCCAGUUCUUGGUGUUCAUGAACCGAAUCCUGGCUCUGACCGUGUCCGGGCUGUGGUGUCUCCUCUUCAAGCAGCCCCGGCACGGCGCGCCCAUGUACAAGUACUCCUUCGCCUCGCUCUCCAACAUCCUGAGCAGCUGGUGCCAGUACGAGGCGCUCAAGUACAUCAGCUUCCCCACUCAGGUUCUGGCCAAGGCCUCCAAGGUCAUCCCCGUCAUGGUGAUGGGUAAGUUUGUGUCCCGCAAGAGUUACGAGUACUGGGAGUACCUGACGGCCGUGCUGAUCUCGGUGGGCGUCAGUAUGUUCCUGCUGUCCAGCUCCACCAGCAAGCACCCGUCCACCGUCACCACCUUCAGCGGGGUCAUCAUCCUUGUGGGCUACAUUGUCUUUGACAGCUUCACCUCCAACUGGCAGGACAACCUGUUCAAGUACAAGAUGUCGUCGGUGCAGAUGAUGUUCGGGGUCAACCUGUUCUCCUGCCUCUUCACCGUGGGCUCGCUGCUGGAGCAGGGGGCGCUCCUCGAGUCCAUCUAUUUCAUGACGCGUCACUCGGAGUUCGCCUUCCACGCCGUCCUGCUCUCUGUGUGCUCGGCUUGCGGCCAGCUCUUCAUCUUCUACACCAUCAGCCAGUUCGGCGCCGCCGUGUUCACCAUUAUAAUGACCCUGCGGCAGGCGUUCGCCAUCCUGCUGUCGUGUUUCCUCUACGGCCACGCCACCACCGUCAUCGGCGGCUUCGGCAUCGCCAUCGUGUUCCUGGCGCUCUUCUUGCGGGUGUACGCUCGCAGCCGCGUCAAGUCGGGGCGACGGGCCGCGGCGCCACUGACGCAGAAAGUCUGACCAAACUGGAACUCUGCACCGCGUUUUCCGUGGUGGCUUUUGUGCGCGUGUUUUUACGACCCGGCGGGUCCACUUUGGUCCGAGUGCCUAAAGAUUGUUGAACACACGAGUCCCGAUCUUCAAACCCUCUCCUAACGUUUGACAGUGAACCACCACAUGUGGCUUAUUUAUCCAGACUUCAACAAACAUCAAACAUUUCAUUCCCUACAACAGCGCCGCCUAGUGUUUCCCACAUGAAUGCUUGAGUCACACGCCAACAAGCAUUACAGGUCAAUACCAAAAGGUCACUUCUAAAAUUGUGUUUGUUUACAUCAUGUCACUCUUCUCAUGCGUCUGCUACAGGUCUGUUAUGUCGUUAAAACAGGUCAACAAGCAGCCAUUUAUCCUGUCAGUGCUCUGAAUACCUAAGCAUUUUUUGGAACCGAGAGCUCCAUCUUGGCGGAAAUGAUCUACAGGGCUGAGGAGAUGCUGCCCUGCUGAUGGGAAGCGGCGGAUGUUGGUGGAGACGGUUUGGAUCACCAUCAUCCUUAUCUGCCCUGUGAUAGGCUGGCGACCUUUUCAGAGUGUCCCCUGCCUCUCGCCCUGCUGGGAUAGGCUCGAACCCCUGCAGCCCAUGUGAGCGAAUAAGCUGCGGAAAAUGGAUGCAUUCAAAUGAAUUUGCGCUGCUCCAGCGUUAGGUCCUGAUCCACUUGUGGGCUGGUCCUUCAGGUACCAUGAAGGAAAUCAUGGCCCCUCAGAUGCUGAAGAGUGCAUUUCAGUGAUUAGUUCCCUCAAGAUGGAGCUGCUUUUUAAAAUGCUUUUGGAGUGUGAUCAUAGCGAGAGGUGAAGUCAGAGUGUGCUGGUGUCAUCGGUACAUGCAGGUCAUCGUCUUCACCGAAGCGUCUUGUUAUGAUGCUGCAGUUCACAUAAUGAGACACGCGGAAAUUCCCAGAAAGGAACUUCCACAGAUCAUGUGAACCUUGAUAUAAAGUGAGUCACGGGAGAUAAUAUUUCCCUUCAUCUUGUGAGCUCUGGUUCUUCACAUUGUUGAGGUUGAAGAGUCAUCACUUUUCCUGCCUCAUGCUCCGACUGAAGGUCGCCCAGACAUUCCCAAACCAGACUGUUGUUCCAUGUGGUGCGUCCCAUGGUCGACAGAAACUUAUCAAAGACUCUUCUCUGAGUCUCUAGUGGAUGAUCCUCCCGCUAUUCAUAUCCUCCCGUGCUGUGACUCACUAUAACCUCAGAGGUGCUGAUCCUCAUCCCGGCCAGUCUGUGGAGGUUCCUGAUAUGUAGUGAUGGUCUGAUGAGGCUUCAUGAAACUGUCCUCAUUUUCAGAGGCCACUAGAUGGCGCUUUCUGCCCCAACGUCUUAGGAGUUAAACAACCGUCUCAGUGAAACCUCACAUCAAUUCUAAACCAAGACUGCCCUCUAGUGGGCUCUGAAAUCAUGAACACUGUUUCAUGAAGCCUCUUCAGCCCAUCACAACUGAUAUGAAAUCACAUGUGUCUCUACCAUAGGUGCAAUACUGCCAUCUACAGGCUCAAAGGUCAACAUCCAUGACAGCUGUCUUUGGUCACAUUUAAGUCUUAAUGAAAUGUUUUAUCCAUGAAAAGCUGAGAGUUAAUAUAUUAACACGUUCCACUGGUGUGUAAAACGCUCGGCCACCUCAAGAUUCCGCACCACCAUGGUCCGAAACCAUUUUGUGUAAAUAAACCAGCGGGUUAUCAAGUGCGUUUUGUACAGACGGCUUCGUGUGCUCGUGCCGCCACGUGAAUGUCCUGGUGGUUUUUCAAGGAAGACGUGACUGCUACUUUUUAUUAUUGCUCUGUUACUUCCGAUCACUGAAUUCAUAAUAAAACACAGAUUAACUUUGUGGCGGCGUCACGUU